CUCCGACAUUGUUGCGACCCGCCAUAAAAUGAAGAAGAAGGAGAAGACGAAGAGGUCUCCAACAUGGCGGGAGUUUGCCGCUGUGUGCGGCGGCAUGGUGCUUGUAUUCCGCCCACUUUAGCCUUCACACUGCGGCGGAAGUUCCACCCUUCUCCUCCGGCUUGUAGCGGGCUGCUGCACGGCUUGUACAAACGCGGCCUCCUGAAGGAGUCUUUCCCGGAGGACGCGGCACACCAGCGGCUGCCCGGCCUGCUGCAGUCCGGCGCGCAGACCGUCUACUGCGGCUUCGACCCCACCGCCGACAGCCUGCACGUCGGCAACCUGCUGGCCCUCAUCGGCCUCCUCCACUUCCGCAGCGCCGGUCAUCACGUGGUCGCCGUGCUCGGAGGCGCCACCGCGCAGAUCGGCGACCCGAGCGGGAAAAGUAGCGAGCGGCAGCGGCUGUCCGCGGACGUCGUGCGGGAGAACACGCGCGGCAUCCGGGAGAGCAUUUACCGGCUGUUCACCAACCAUGAAGUCCACUUCCACGGCGGCUCCAAGGCGCUCGGCACCGUGGCCGUGCUGGACAACCUCAGCUGGUACAAGGACUGGGACGUGGUCCACUUCCUGUCGGAGGCCGGGCGACACUUCCGGUUGGGCACCAUGCUGAGCCGCCACAGCGUGCAGGCCAGACUGCAGAGCGGAGACGGCAUGAGCCUGACGGAGUUCACCUACCAGACCUUCCAGGCCUACGACUUCUACCACCUCAACCAGGUCUACGGCUGCAAGGUCCAGCUGGGAGGGAGCGACCAGCUGGGAAACAUCAUGUCCGGCCAUGACUUCAUCCACAAGAUGAGCGGUGAGGAGGUGUACGGCCUCACCAUCCCUCUGGUCACCAGCUCGGUGGGGGACAAGCUCGGCAAAACUGAAGGCAACGCUGUUUGGCUCAAUCGUGACAAGACGUCGCCAUUUGAGCUCUUCCAGUUUUUUCUACGGCAGCCUGACGCCAGCGUGGAAGGGUACCUGAAACUGUUCACCUUCCUGCCUCUGGCCGAGGUGGAGAGCGUGAUGGAGCAGCAGAGGCAGGAUCCUGGUAAACGUCUGGCCCAUAAACGACUGGCAGCGGAGGUGACCAAGUUGGUGCAUGGAAAGGAGGGUCUCGAGAGUGCCAAGAGAUGCACCAACACUCUGUACCACAGCAGCGUGCAGGACUUGGAGGAGAUGAGUGACUUGGAGCUGCAGGAGCUCUUCAGAGAAGCCCCCUUCCAUGAAUUGCUGUUAGAACCUGGGACCACUGUCUUGGAUGCAUGCCGCAGGGUCGAAGCCAUCCCAGAGGGUACCAAAGGGUAUCGGAUGGUUUCAGAGGGAGCGGUGUGGCUCAACCACCAGCGGGCAGACAAACCUGAGCAGGUGCUCAUCCCAAAGCUCCACAUCCUCGCCAAUGGACUCACGCUGCUCCGAGUGGGCAAGAAGAACUUCUACAUCAUCAAGUGGCUCAGUCUCUGAAAUGAAAGAAGCAGUGGACUUGGCCUGG